GUCCAGUGGACAGAGACUCAUUUCCAAGCAUUAAAGUAGAUCCUAUUCAGUCAGGAUGACUCACACUUACCAGAAAGUACUUUCUACAUUUCCUGCAUUCCAGUCUCUGAGGAUUUCACAAUCAUUAGGAGGUCAGUCAGCGAGCAAACGUGUGUGCAUCGUUCUCUGCUUGACCAAGUGGACGUUUUAUCUUCCAGGACUUUUCUUUCCCCUUGUAUUGACUUCCGGUGUCUUCUGAACAAUGUUGUCUUGUGAAUGAUGUCCAAACGUACUUUUAAAGACAGGUCCUUAAGAAAUGGACUGAUCCACACUGAACACGUGACUAGACGUUCUCCCCAAAUUUUGGUCAAGCACUCUUGGUUUGUGGAGGAUUAUGAUGAUCGCAUGGAUGAUACUUGGCUCACUCCUCUGCAACAGCGCACAAGACGGAAAUUCAAAAGAAGACGAUACUUUUCCCUGUGGACCAGACGGCAUGACAGUUAAAACUUUAAACCAGAACAUCCUGCUAACAUGGGAAGACAAACCAUCUUGCAAGCCACUAAAUGAUGAGCUGACGUAUGAGCUGGAGGUGUUCAUUGCAGACAAGCAGAUACAUCGUGAAGAGGUGACCGUUUCACCAGAUCAGAUUGGAUCUACUCAUUACUGGAACUGGACAUCCCAUUUGGCACUGGAAUGCGCCACACACACACUACGGCUCAGUUCUCGAUAUAAAAACCAGAGCAGCCAAUGGAAACAAGAGCACACUAUUCCUGGACAUAAGGCCUUGGAUUGGCCAGAGGUGUUUCCACGAGACAAAGUGUUUCAACUUGGCAGUCGAGCUACUUUUUGUUGUGUUCUUCCAACGGGUGAAUCUCUGGAGAAACUGUAUCUAAGUGGAAACAGCAGCGCUAAUCCGAAUAUUAGCCAGAUCGGCAGCCACGCAUACGCCCUGACCGUCGACCUGAACAGAGCAUCGUCGGCCAGUUGCACCGAUAUAAAAUGUGAAACAAAGACGUCUGAUAAUGGAGCCUGUGCUUACAUUGGAUACCCACCUGCUGACCGGGAUCUUUCCUGCGAAACUCGGGACUUACAAAUGGUUGAAUGUCAGUGGACGGUAGGACGGAAUACACACCUGGCUAUUGCAAGUCCGACGACCUAUCAACUGCUUGGAAGUGUGUGUGCAGAAGGCUUCAAGGGGAGAUGCUCUCACAAAAUGCAAGUGGAGGCUGGAAAGCAUCUUUGGACUCUGACAGCACAAAAUCAGCUUGGCACAAUCACACUCACAGAGGAAGCUGACCUGACGAAAAGAGUCCACAUGUUUGCCCCUGAAGGAGUCAAAGUCUCAGAGGUUGGUGCCAGAAAUGUCAGCCUGGAGUGGGAGUGGUCGGUACAAAUAUACAACCAUCUCAAUAUAACGUGCCAACUACACACCAGCCAUGGAGAGGCACAAAGUAGCAUGAGUGAAACCGUUGGAGUCGGUCUUACUUCUGCAAUCUUGAAGGACUUGAUUCCCAAGUGGGCAUACAUAUUGAAGAUACGAUGCAGUACUACUCAACAUUUCUGGAAGUGGAGCGAGUGGAGCGUCAAUAUCUCGGUUCACACUCUGGGCGAUGUUCCAGAUGAUCUUGAUGUGUGGAUGCAAGUGAAGGACAAGAAGUCUGUAAUUACUUGGAAGGUACCACUGGCGCACCAAAGCCACGGAGACAUAAUAGAUUAUGAAAUAACAUGGGUGCCCACCAAGACCCCUGACAGACAAGAGAAAUCUAGUGUGACGCACCCGAAGAACAGUUUCGCCCUCGGUCUGAACUCCACGGACGAGUAUGCAGUCAGUGUCACAGCCAGGAAUUGCAAUGGAAGCUCUUCUCCUUCAUCCGUAACAAUCCCCAUCCUCAAUCCAGGCGGCGGUGUGAUUAAAUCUUCCAGGAUACUCGGCAGUAAUGGCGGGUUCAACCUAUUCUGGUCUCCCAGUCCCUCAGCCAGCUGCGGUUUUAUCGUUGAUUGGCGUCCGUUUGUAGGGACAUCUGGGGUGGACUGGCUCAGGGUCCCUCCCACUGAAACUAAUGUCAAUAUACAUUCAAAAAGCUUGGAAGAAGGCGUGAGAUACUUGCUGUCAGUACAUGCCUGCACACAAGGAGCUCCAGUGCUUCUGGAGAGAAGAGAAGGAUACAUCAAAGAGAAAAUCAUACCAGAUGGUCUUUUCAAGCCGUUUACAUGGACACAAAGGAAUUUGGAUGUGGAGGUAACCUGGAAUCGUGUAUCUCUACAAAGGCAGCCUGCUUUCAUACAAGGCUAUGUUCUAUAUUGGGUGGACAACAACAACAUUGUCAUGAACAUCGGUACAGACAAUCCUCAGGCCACCAGCCUGACGGCAAGAAACCUUCAAACAGGUUCGUACUCAUUCACGCUGAAGGCAAGAACAGCUAUAGGAGAAUGCGGGGCGACACAUGUCACCGCCAUCUUGAAUUCACCGACUGAUAACCUGAUCAGAGCAAUCUGUAUCACCCUGGUUACUCUUGUGGUUUUCUUAAUUCUCUUUGUGGUCUUUUGCUUCAGACACUGGGAAUGCAUCAAACUGGAGUUCUACCCGCCAAUCCCGAAGCCAGUGUUAAAGGAAAAGUGGACAGCAUCUCUGAAAAGUUGUCGUCCUGUUUUUAUGGAGAUGAGUCACCACAACGAGAGCGAACUGAUGACAAUUCCAAAGUUAUACUGCAAAUCCGAGGUGUCUGCAGAGACUGAUUGUGUGGACCAAGGACAUGUUGGAACUACAAAUAGAGUAGAAGCACUUAGCAUCCCCAGCACAGCCAUGACCUGUCAGACACCACCAUCAGCAUCAUCAUCUCUUGCGAUCACGACGUAUCUCAACUCUUCAUACAACCUGACGCUGAACAAUGGGGUCCAGCAGCCCAUCUCGGGACCUGGCUCUCAGGAGACACACUCUGUAGUGACGAGGUCCAAUGGGUACCACCCUCAGCAAAAUACUGUAAAUCCAGAAGAUGCUCCGGAGAGUCUUUUGCCUUGUGUUUUUACCUAUAUUUUGUUACCAAGGUCUGCUUCAACCGAAUAGUUGCUGCAUGCUCAUUUAGCGAAUAGUUAAUACACUGAAUAGCACGUUUCCAGUUUACAGACAACUCACAGCACUUUCAAACUCUAUUCCAUAGGGAACAUUUUCCUUAAAAUGUUACUGCCAUGAUCUCACAUGACAGUUGUUAUUACUACCUGUAUUUUGUAUUAUUUCCUGCCCGGAACGCUUUUUUUUUUUCAUUCCACUUUCUGUUUGCCUCCAUUAACCACAAAUUGUCGCUCAUCCGCAUCCCCCUUGCCAGUUGCAGCUGUCACCUAACCCGUGACUUUGGGCAUCAUUUUUACGAAACUGUCCAUGGAUUUCAGCAUAAAACAUGAUGUAAGCACAAACCUCAGAAUGUAUGUAGCCACAAAAAAAUGUACAUUCAUAAAUGUACACGCCCUUUAUUAUAAAUCACACCUGCAGUGAAUUUUGUGCAGAAGAGUUCCACCCUGGUGGUACACCUUUCCUGGUUGUUGGCUCCCAGACCGUGGUUGAGGAGCGCAGAGGAGAAAGUUAAAGUUAAAGUACAACUGAUACUCACACACUCACUAAGUGUGGUGAAAUUACUCUUUGCAUUUGACCCAUCCCCAUGUUCACCAUCUGGACGGUAAGGGGAGCAGUGAACAACAGCGGUGGCUGCGCUCAGGAAUCAUUUUGGUGAUUUAACCCCCCAAUUCCAACCCUUGAUGCUGAGUGCCAGGCAGGGAAGUAAUGGGACCCAUUUUUAUAGUCUUUGGUAUGACUCGGCCAGGGUUUGAACUCACAACCUACCGAUAUCUGAUUAUUGUCGGGGGUAACACCCUCCACUUUACCUGGCAGUGGGUCCCUACAGUUCCGCUCUUGCGUCGGAAUGACGAGGACAUUGAUUCGUUGCAACUCUGUCAUUUUAUUUAUGUUUUUCCACAAAGCCAUCCACCAUGAUACUAGCGCUCCUGCACACUAACUGCCACCGCUCCCUCACCUCACUCUCCCACUUACUCACUCACCACUUACCUCACAUACUGCCAUUCUUAAAGGAGCACACACACACAUACGCUACUCUCACAACACCUGUCGUAAAAGUUUGAAAGUUAAGUACCUACAUUAAACCCUUGUUGACACCAUUUUUUUUUUAGUACAGUGACUUUUAUAAAUGAGGCUCAUGGACUGGUGGCCAUUACUUUGGUCCUUGCCUGUCAUGAUCGUGCAUGACAGUUGUUACUGUAUUUUGGACUGUCUGAUUAUCUUUUUUUUGUUCCACUCCCUGUUUGUCUCUAUUUACCACCACUCCUCUGGUCUAUAUGCAGGCUGUCUCACCUGUGCCUGUUUGCCAAUUCAGAUGCUUCUUGGAUCAGUAGUUUUGAUUUGCUUGGCUUUUCCAUGUUUACGUGAUGCACUUCCCUACUGCAAAUCUUUAGUUUUGUUCUUCCUGCUCUGUCCCUAAUUAAAAAAUGUCAUACUUACUCUUUGCAUUCUGGGCGCCUGACAAACACCAAACUGUGGCAUGUUCAUUAAACUUUUAAAUCAAUCAUAUUUGUAAAGGUCGGAAUAUUUAGGGACCUCUUGAUUCACUCAGCGUAAACAUGGAGAUUAAGUAUUUUUAAAAAUGUAUUUUUAAAGAAAAAAAUGCAAAUAAUAAAAUAAAACAAAAAAAUACAAAUUGAUUUUGAAUUAAUGAGAAUCACAAUUUCUGUCCAUAAAAGUUGUGAACAGAAUUGGUGACAAAGGGCAGCCCUGGCAGAGUCCAACCCUCACUGGAAACGUGUCCGCGGACCAAGCUCCGACUGAUCGUACGCCUCAAUCAGACAGUCCGAUAUCCCUUACUCUUCAAGCACUCCCCACUGGACUUCCCGAGGGACAUGGCCAAUUGCCUUCUCCAAGUCCACAAAGCACAUGUAGACUGGUUGGGCAAACCCCCAUGCACCCUCAAGGACCCUGCCGAGAGUGCAGAGCUGGUCCACAGUUCCACGACCAGGACCAAAACCGCACUGUUCCUUCUGAAUACGAGAUUCAACAACUCGGCAUAGCUUCCUCGCCAGUACACCUGAAUAGACCUUACCGGGAAGGCUGAGGAGUGUGAUUCCACGAUAGUUGGAACACACCCUCCGGUUCCCCUUCUUAAAGAGAGGAACCACCAUCCCGGUCUGCCAAUCCAGAGGUGCUUCCCCCGAUGUUCACGCGAUGUUGCAGGGUCUUGUCAACCAAGACAGACCCACAGCAUCCAGAGCCUUAAGGAACUCCGGGCAGAUCUCAUCCACACCUGGGGCCUUGCCACCGAGAAGCUUUUUAACUACCUCAGCAACCUCAGCCCCAGAAAUAGGAGAGCCCGCCACAAAUUCCCCAGGAACUGCUUCCUCAUAGAAAAGGAGGUUUUCGAAGUAUUCUCUCCACCAAUGCACAACAUCACCAUACACGGUGUUGACAGUGCACGGCUUCCUCUUCCUAAGGCGGCGGAUGGUGGUCCAGAAUAAAUUCAAAGCCGUCUGUAAGUCGUUUUCCAUGACUUCCCCGAACUCCUCCUAUAUCUGAGUUUUUGUCUCAGUGACCGCUGAAGCCGCACACCGCACAGCCUGUCGGUACCUGUCCGCUGCUUCCGGAGUCCUAUGAGCCAAAAGGCCCCGAUAAAACUCUUUCUUCAGCUUGACGGCAUCCCUCAACGCUGGUGGACACCAGCGGGUUCUAGGAUUACUGCCCCGACAGGCACCAACUUCCUUGCGGCCACAGCUUCAAUCAGCCGCCUCGACAAUAGAGGUGCAUAACAUGGUCCACUCGGACUCAAUGUCCAGCACCUCCCUCGUGACAUGUUCAAAGUUUUUCCGUAGGUGGUAAUUGAAACUCUCUGACAGGAGACUCUGCUAGAUGUUCCAAUCAGACUCUCACAAUGCGUUUGGGCCUGCCAAGUCUGUCCGGCAUCCUCCCCCUCCAUCGCAGCCAACUCAACACCAGGUGGUGUUCGGUAGAAAGCUCCGCCCCUCUCUUCACCCGAGUGUCCAAAACAUGAGGCUGCAAAUCGGAUGACACAACUACAAAGUCGAUCAUAAAACUGCGGCUUAGGGUGUCCUGCUGCCAAGUGCACAUUUGGAAACCCUUAUGUUUGAACAUGGUGUUUGUUAUGGACAGUCUGUGAUGAGCACACAAGUCCAAUAACAAAACACUACUCGGCUUAAGAUCCGGGGGGCCAUUAUUCCCAAUGACGCCUCUCCAGGUUUCACUGUCGUUGCCAACAUGAGCGUUAAAGUCCCCCAGUAGGACAAGGGAACCACCCAGUGGAGCACUUUCCAGCACUCUCUCUCUCUCUCGAGUGUAUCCAAAAAGGAUGGGUACACUGAUCUGCUGUUUGGUGCGUAAGCACAAGCAACAGUCAGGACCAGUCCCCCCAUCCGAAGGUGGAGGGAUGCUACCCUCUCGCCCACUGGGUUGAACUCCAAUGUGCAGGCUUUGAGCCGGCGGGCAAAAAGAAUUGCCACCCCAGCCCGUUGCCUCUCACUGCGUGCAACGCCAGUGUGGAAGAGAGUCCAGCCCCUCUCGAGAGAACUGGUUCCAGAGCCGGAACUUCUCCACCUUGCGCACUAGCUCAGACUCCUUCUCCCCCAGCGAGGUGACAUUCCACGUCCCAAGAGCUAACUUAUGUAGCUGAGGAUCAGACUGCCAAGUGCCCUGCCUUCGGCUGCCGCCCAGCUCUCAUUGGGUCCUCCCAUGAGUGGUGACCCCAUUGGAGGGGGGGCCCACGUUGCCUCUUCGGGCUGUUCCCGGCCGGCCCGGCGACUAGCCCACCAGGCCCGGCCACCAGGAACUCGCCAUCGUGCCCCAACUCUGAGCCUGGCUCCAGAGGGGGCCCCCAGUGACCUGCAUCCGGGCGAGGGAAAACUGAGUCCCGGUUGUUGUAUUUCCUUAGAAGUCUUUGUGCUGCUAUUUGUCUGAUCCCUCACUUAGGACCUGUUUGUCUUUGGAGACUGUAACGGACUUCCUGCCGUCCUUGUGUGGGUUGCGGGGACACCUGACACACGACGCAUCAUAGCAGCAUAUAUUUAUUGUUUCAACAAAUCUGUUUUCACUUGGCCCUUUGGUCGCGUCACUUUUCAGUGUGCUCCUUCGGCUUGUCUGCUGCCGCUGCACGCCUUUCGGCGUCCGGGGCUUGCGUCCGCUGCGGGGGUGCGUCAUCGCUCUUGUGGUUUGGGUUGUCGUGCUUCUAGUCUGCUGGCCGAUGUUUCCUCCUCCGUGCUGCCCCUGGUCGUUCCUCCCUCGCCCUUUUUAUAUUCUAACAGCAGAUAGACACAUCGUGAGCAGGUGUGUAGUAUACGCACCUGUCUUAGAUUGCCGCUGCAGCGUCGCUCCGCGUGUGUCACGCCUCCUCUUGCCGCCGCAUGCCCCGCCUCCCGGCCUCCAGGUGGGCCCGCGCUGCUGCUUUCCGCCCGUUGUCGGCCCGUCGGCGGUGUCUCUCCACAGAGACCCUACCAGGGGUUUUAAAAGCCCCUGUACAACAUAGCUCCCAGGAUCUCUGGGACACGUAAACUCCUCUACCACGAUAAGGUGGCAGCUCAGAGAGGAGUGAAUGCAAACCAAAAAAAUAUAUAAAAAUUGGGCCAUUUUUUCCAUUUUCAUUUCUGAAACAUGAGUUGGACAACUAUUUACUGACACGUUUUUCAAACGACAAUAGGAUUUCUGCUGAACAAAGAUGUUACCCUGGUACUAAAAACAUGCUAAACACAAAGCAAAAUCAAAAACUCUGCUUCCGGUUCAAUUUGUCAUCACACAGAUAACCACGCAUUUUUGCAUUUUGGAUGAACAUAUAUUUAAAUGUUUGUGUUUAUCUGGAAAAACAAAAAUCUAUAAAAGGAAAACUGCACAAAAUCCAACAUUUUAUUGACAGUAAACCCUUUUUUCUUGGUUUUAAAAUCUGGCAUAUAUAAUAAAAAUCGAAAAAACGGCCUUAAUUUUGUUUUUCGAUUUGUGUUUCAGAAUUAGAAAUAGUUUUACGGAAAGUACACGGACCCAAGUCCAUUCUCUUUAAUUAUAGCUGUCAUGUUUUGUGAACAAAAACAGUGGUUUGUGAGUAAAAAUAAAUAAAUAAACACUAUUGUUAAAUAGGUAACAAAAUAAGACAUGUUCUUCAUGAAGGAUUGUUUGAUGGCAAUACAGUGAGUGCUCUUGUUACAUAUAGACAAUCUUUGACGUUUUUCUCUGGCAGAACCAUAAGCUAGGUAGCACUAAAGUAAAAAGGAUGUCUGACAAAGCUCAUCAAGCUCCAUGUGCGCUAUGCUACAAACGAAUCUUGGGAAAAGUUCAUCUUUGGGAGUAUAUAAGGGGACAAAGCACUUAAAUGUCCCUUAAUUGUGAAUACGUUUGUAAACUUGAUGGUGUUUUAUUAGCAGUAAAUGUGUUUUGGCUAGCUUUUUGUGUUAGCAUUUAGUAUGUACAUCAUUCGAUAGUAUGUUGAAUAAAUGUUGUGUAUGUUACAUUACCACAUCAUAUGUAAAUAGGGAUCUCAGAAAAACAUUCACUUAAGCAAGAAAAGCAAACCUUGUGGUUUUCUUUGUUCGCUGGCUGCUUAGCAACAAAGUUGUGUGUUGUGAGGACAGAACAUACCUACAGUGCCGGCCCGAGCCUCCAUGGGGCCCUAAGCAAAAUUAGAUUUUGGGGCCCUAUUUCUGCCAAUAAUAUUGAUUGUUGAUCAUUCACACACCUACUGUAAACUCAUUGCGGCUCUUGCAGUGUUGUUUACAUUAUCCUAUUGUCAGCCUGGCAUGUCUUUACAAAUGAAAUGUCAUUUGUAAAGAUAUGGGGGUGGCCCAGUUAACAACAUAAAUAAUACCAAUGAAUGAACGAAUGAUGUCCAGAGUGUAACAUAUGGUCCUAAUCUUAAAAUGUAGAAAACAUUCACCUACAAGAGUGGCUUGGGGUUGAACAGUCCAAGUAAUAAAGCUUUGUAUUUACAGUAA